AAUCCCGGAAGUGUUUUCACAAACAUUAUGUGGAUAUAACUGUCUUGUGUUGUUUCAUCGGAUUUUAAUAACUAGAAACAAUUUCAGACCACUUUCCCAUUGGAAACACAGAAUAUGAAAUCGCGGGACAGAGGUGGUCUGCACCGCGCGAACUGAGUUCAAGUGAGUCAUCUAUAUGGGCCAUCUUCUCUCGAAAAAUGGUUACCGCCUGAAAAAGCGAACGCGCAAGCUGCGUAAGAAGAAGAGAAAAAGGAACUGCCUGUUUCAAGGCCCGUGCAUGCUCUGCUUCAUCGUCCACGGCAGCAGUGGUAGCCCUGACGACGAGCCUCUGGAGACCAGCGGUGGCAGCAGUGGUGCUGUAGCUGCGUCGGCCGUGAGCGCAUCGGCCUCCAAGCUCGCCGAACGCUACGCCUCCUCGCUGGGCUCGCCAGAGGCCUGUGCCCACUUCCUGUUGGCGCCGCAUGCUGAGUUGGCUCUGCUGACCGCCUCUGUCCCUGCCAAGCUCCUCGGGCCGCCCUCCCUGUUCCGCCCGGCGUCCGCCGUUGCAGCCUCGGUCGCCGUGCCGACGCCCAGCCUCGCCGAGAUGGUGUGCAAGCGCAAGUGCGCCGAGCUGCAGCGCUGCACGCCCUGCAAGCAGCCGCGCUGUGCCUUCCCCGAGAGUGCUGAGGGAACUGGGGCUACUGGCGGAGGAGGGGCCGCUGCUGCAGACACGGCAGCCCACCGCCUCCUGCCCCUCUGCUCCUUACCCUCUUCUUCCUCAUCAUCUUCAUCCUCCUCCGGCGAGGAUACAGGGGGCGUGGUGCCGCUGCAGAGGGACAACGGGGAGAGUACCAGCCCCGCCUCUGAAUGCUCACGGGCCACCACUGACACGUCAGAUGCCUCCUGCAUCAAUCACCUGCCCUCCUCCAUCCUCCUGAAGGUGUUUUCCCACCUGACCGUUCGGGAGCGCUGCCUGGGUGCCUCUCUGGUCUGUAAGUACUGGCGGGACCUGUGUUUAGACUUCCAGUUCUGGAAGCACAUCGACCUCAGUGGCCUGCAACAGGUGAAUGAUGAGCUACUGGUGAAGAUCGCCUCACGCCGGCAGAAUGUGACGGAGGUCAACAUCUCGGACUGCCGGAACGUGCAGGACCACGGCGUGUGCUCUCUGGCCUCCCAGUCGCCGGGCCUGCUGAAGUACACGGCUUACCGCUGCAAGCAGCUCAGCGACCUCUCCCUCUGCACCAUCGCCACACACUGCCCUCUGCUGGUCAAGGUCCAUGUGGGCAACCAAGACAAGCUGACUGACCACGCACUCAAACUGCUGGGCCAGCACUGUUCCGAGCUGAAGGACGUCCACCUGGGCCAGUGCUACAACAUCAGUGAUGAGGGCAUGGUGGCUCUGGCCAAGGGCUGCCCCAAGCUGCAGAGGAUCUACAUGCAGGAGAACAAACUGGUAACCGAUAAAUCGGUGAAGGCGUUUGCUGAGCACUGCCCUGAGCUGCAGUUUGUGGGUUUCAUGGGCUGCUCCGUCACCUCGCAAGGAGUCAUCCACCUCACAGGGCUGAGGAACCUGACCAGCUUGGACCUGCGACACAUCUCUGAGCUCAAUAACGAGACGGUCAUGGAGGUGGUGAGAAAGUGCCGGAACCUCAGCUCUCUCAAUCUCUGCCUCAACUGGAGCAUCAACGACAGAUGUGUGGAGAUCAUUGCGAAAGAAGGUAGAAGACUUAAAGAGCUCUACCUGGUGUCCUGCAAGAUAACAGACUACGCUCUGAUAGCGAUUGGCCAGUACAGCAGCAGCAUUGAGACGGUGGACGCUGGCUGGUGCAAAGACAUCACUGACCAAGGGGCCACACAGAUCGCCAAGAGCAGCAAGUCUCUGCGCUAUCUGGGCCUCAUGCGCUGUGACAAGGUGAAUGAGGAGACUGUGGAGAGGCUGGUCCUGCAGUACCCCCACAUCGUGUUCAGCACCGUCAUGCAGGAUUGCAAGAGGACUCUGGAGAGAGCUUACCAAAUGGGCUGGAGUCCCAACAACUCAGCUGCCUCCUAGCCAUACACACACACACACACACACAGAGAGAUACAUACAUACAUAAUCACACUCACAUUUGUACAUCACAUUACAAACACACACACACACACACACACACACACACACACACACACACACACACACACGCGUACACAUACACACACAGAGAAGCAACAAUAUUACGUGCACUCUUACCCAUACACACACACACACACACACACUCAGACACGUAUUACUAACAUAUAGCGUUGUUUUAAUCCAUCAAUUGUACUGCAGUCCAUCUGCACUCUUCUGUUUCAGUGAAACUUGUGAAGGUAAAACAGACACACAGAAGCACACACACACACAGAAGCAUAUAUACACACAUGCACAUACACACACACACAGAAGCACAUAUACACAUACACACAUACACUUUUGUUUCAUUGAAACUGUAGAGAAACUCGAAAGGUAAAGCAGACAAAGUACACACACACACACACACACAGAUCCUCUUGGCAUAACUGGUAGAUAGACACAUUUGCACAAUGAAUCUGGUACAAACAGUGUCUGGUAGUGCUGAUCAUGUUCAGUGAAUGCACAUCAUAUCAUUCUGUAGUUUGUGAACCGUUUCCUUAGCCAGUCUUCAACCACAUCUCCAGAAAAGCAUUUACAGGAUAUUUUCUCUCUCGAUCGCUCUACCCAUCUCUCUCUCCAUCUCAUCUUUUCUCUCUCUCUGUGUCUCUCACACACACACACACACACACACACACACACACAUUAUACAUUGUGUUACAAAUCAUGCUAUGUUUUUAUUUGUUGUUUGUGAUUUUGUGUUUCUCCAACCUGGUUUCAUUUCAGUCCGGCAUGACCGAUACAUACACAUGCCACAAAUAGACUGGUGCUUUUUAGUUGCUAAUGGUCUCCAAACCCAGUCUUCAUUGAGAUUUCGCACACACACACACACACACACACACACCUGACACACACAUGUUCAAAUGAGUGAGUGGUGUGAUCUUGAUGUCUAUAGGGCUAUAUACACAGAUAUAUAAAUACAUAAAUCUAUAGUCACAUUAACUGGGGAAUGAUGUGAAAAGACAUGUAAUUGUGUGCUAAGCAGUAUUAAGAGUGUAUUGAAUCUGUAAGAUCUCUCUCUCUCCCCCUCCCUCUCUCUCUCCCUCUCUCUCUCUCUCUCCCUCUCUCUCUCUGUCUGUCUGUCUGUCUCUCUCUCUCUGUCUGAUGUCAUUGAUGUGAUGGUAUACUGACCUGGUUUAGAAAGACAAACUGUCUGCAGAUAGAAACACAAGCACUGAGAACAACCCCAGUCUAUGAGUGGCUCUGUGACAUGCCCUCUCCGACUAGAACUAGUUAUCUGAUUUAGAAGAGAAAAAAAAAAAAAAAAGAUUCUUUUAAAUGCCUUCUACUCUAACUCUCUUGCAGAUAUUGUUUACUAUGAUGAUACUGUAGCCAGCAGUUUCAACAACUGUACGACUGUAAUGACCUAGGGAUGGGAAAAAAAAACAACGGAAAAAAAAUCCAUUCAUGUCCUGGAAAGGGAAUUUGAAAUUUUAUACGAGUUCAUAUUAAUCCAGCCUUGGAAUGCUGGUGUGGUCAGCCAGUGCCAGCGUGGACCACAGUGCACCUGUCCACCACUGGGCCUCGCACAGAGAGUGGGAGGCCGCAUUUUUUCAACCCCUAGUCAAGAGCGGUCCAAAGCGUACCGCUCGGAUGUCCAGUAGAACAGUUCAGAUGUCCAUUUGUGACCUUUGUGUGGUGUUAGUGGCUGUGAGGGUCCCCCCCCCCCCCCCCACACACACACACACACACUCAUACACACUCUAAGCAGGGUAUUUCUAUCCAGUGGAGCCAGAGUGGCUUAGCAGCCAUAGCAGCUGGCUUCGGUCCCACAGCCCUGUGGACUCGUCCACAGAACUCCACUUCCCAUCAUGCAACGCUUCAUCUCCCACCCGUUACCUAUGACAACUGUAGAUGAAGUCAAAGACUGUAAGAACAUUUUUUUUUUUUUUUUUCAUUUUUUGUCAUCUUUUUUUUCCCUCCACUUGACAAAUGUCUUUCACUGCUUGCUGUGGGCACUGUUUGAUCUUUGAUUUGUUAAGGCCGCUGUACAAAGACUGGAUUUUCAUAAGGAGAAAUAAAACACUACUGCUUCUAUUUA